CCCACAGCAGCAGGAUCCAGGCCUUUCCUUCCGUCCCGCGUGGCCAGAACUUGAAAGAAAAGUGGACGUAGGAGGGAGUGAUGAUGCAAAAGUUACCCAAAAAUUGGGGCGGGGAAAGGAGGCUACAGUUAGGAAGGCGAACAAGCUGCAAAAGGAACAGCGGAAAGUUGGGAGGUCGGGAGGGUGCCCUGUUCCGGGGGAAGGAGCAAGUACCACAGCAGCGAGACUUUUCCCUUCUCUGAUUCAGGAAGGUGCUAGACAAAAACAUGGAAUUCAUUUCCCCAACAGUGGUUAUAAUCUUAGGUUGUGUUGCUCUUUUAUUAUUUCUUCAGUGGAAGAACUUGCGUGGACCCCCGUGCAUAGGGGGCUGGAUUCCUUGGAUUGGAGCUGGAUUUGAGUUUGGAAAAACCCCUCUAGAAUUUAUAGAGAAAGCAAGAAUCAAGUAUGGACCGAUAUUUACAAUCGUUGCUCUGGGCACCCGAAUGACCUUUGUUACUGAAGAAGAGGGAAUUAAUGUGUUUCUAAAAUCCAAAGAAGUAAAUUUUGAACUAGCAGUGCAAAAUCCCGUCUAUCGUACAGCAUCAAUCCCAAAGAGUAUCUUUUUAAAACUGCAUGAGAAACUUUAUAUCAUGGUGAAAGGGAAAAUGGGAACUUUCAACCUAUAUCGAUUCACUGGACAACUGACUGAAGAAUUACACGAACAGCUGGAGAAUUUAGGCCCUCAUGGGACCAUGGACCUGAACAACUUAGUGAGGCAUUUCCUUUACCCGGUCACAGUGAACGUGCUCUUUAAAAAAGGUCUGUUUCCCACAAAUGAGAGGAAAAUCAGGGAGUUCCAUCAGCACUUUCAAGCUUAUGAUGAAGGUUUCGAAUAUGGGUCCCAGUUGCCAGAAUGUCUCCUCAGAAACUGGUCAAAAUCCAAAAAGUGGCUUCUAGCACUUUUUGAGAAAAACAUUCCAGAUAUAAAAACAUGCAAAUCUGCAAAAGAUAAUUCCCCGACAGUAAUGCAGGCUCUGCUGGAUCUCCUAGAGAUGGAAACAAAUGAACAGAAGAGUCCCAAUUAUGGGCUCUUACUACUUUGGGCUUCUCUGUCCAAUGCUGUCCCUGUUGCAUUUUGGACAUUUGCAUUUGUCCUCUCUCAUCCCAAUAUCCACAGGACCAUUGUGGAAGGCAUAUCAUCUGUGUUUGGCACAGCAGGUAAAGACAAGAUUAAAGUGUCUGAGGAUGACUUGAAGAAACUCCCUCUAAUUAAAUGGUGUAUUUUGGAAACCAUUCGUUUAAGAGCCCCUGGUGUCAUUACCAGAAAAGUGCUGAAGCCAGUUAAAAUUUUGAAUUAUACCGUUCCUUCUGGUGACUUGCUGAUGUUGUCUCCAUUUUGGCUACAUAGAAACCCAAAGUAUUUUCCUGAACCUGACCUGUUCAAGCCUGAACGUUGGAAAAAGGCAAAUUUAGAGAAGCAUGCUUUCUUGGACUGCUUCAUGGCAUUUGGGAGUGGGAAGUACCAGUGUCCUGGAAGGUGGCUGGCUCUGUUGGAGAUUCAAAUAUUUAUUAUUUUAAUAUUGUAUUAUUAUGACUGUAGUCUUCUAGACCCAUUGCCAAGACAGAGUUCUCUCCAUUUGGUGGGUGUCCAACAGCCGGAAGGACAAUGCCGAAUUCAGUUUAAACAAAGAAAAUGACGUCUGCUGGGCCUAAGGAGGGCCAAGGCCUUCUUGGAGGAGUGACUGCCCCCCAUCCUCUAGCCUGGCAGCACCGAGACCUGAGUUUGACUGAAACGUAUCACUUAAUUUUGUUUAAGGAUUUAGUUCAAGACAAGGUCCAGAUGGGAUGUGUGUUUGGUAUUCUUGGUAGACCAGGAAUCUGACAUCACUCUAUAUCUAUUGAUAUAGAGACCCCAAUACAGGGUUUGUAGAAAAUGUUUCCAUGAUCCAAAAAAGAGGCACUUAUUAAGAAGUUGGAAUUUGGUUUCAUGAAUUACUGUAUCAAAACUUUAAAUAGAAAUAAUGUCACUUGAAUGAAAAUUUUACUAUAUUAAAUUUACUGUGAAGACGACAUACUUAAACUUCUAUUUUGCAAAAGGCUAAAAGUCUUAGACUCUAAAAAGUAUUAAAUAAUGAUUUCUGGAGAUUUUCUAUUUUUCUUAAUAUGAUUCUUAACUCUAGCAAUUGAAAUUCUUAAACCGCUAUUAAUAUAACUCUUUAUUCAACAUGUCUAACACUAAAAGUAUGAAUAAUAUGAUAGCUUUCUAACACCUGUGAGGUCAGAGAUCAUGUCUGACACUCAUUUCUACACUCAGCUAUGCCUAGGACAGCACCUUCUCUAUAGGACAUAUCCAAUAUAUGUUACGUUGAUUGGUGUACUGAUUUGUAUUUUAGUUAAGAUAAAAGGACUCCUUUGACUCAAGGUGUUUGUAAUUGUAGUUUGAGAUAAUAUUUUUCCUAAUUUAUAGAAACUCAAAUUAAAUGAUGUGUCAAGGCAAAUAACAACUUUUCAAUCUAUUACUUAAGACUUUUGCCUGAAACACUUACUAUGAAAUCCAAAAAAGAAAUCCUAUCAUGUUCGGGGAAAAUAUAUGAUGCUAAUAACAGCAUGAUCGAUGAUGUCAUGAUUUGUCCUCUAACAGUCAAUGAAAUGCCGCCUGCCUCCUUGAUUUCACAGUAAGUAAGUUUUGGAGUGCAUGUUGUCCUCUGGAUUAUUUGCUCCCCUGUGCGAGAAUUAUCUGGUGGGGUUGAUAACGAUUGCUUAGUCAUCUAUUUCCUACCAACGAGCAGAUGACUCCCUAGGAGAAAAUUAAGUACUUUGGAAUGCAUUAACUCUCCGGGACUAAUACAGUGAUUUUGAAGCUUAGCUAGCAGUUUACAGCGUAGCUUAGCAGGCGCGGAGGUCUGGAGACUGAAGGGGCUAAAGAAAGCAGUUUAGAAUCCACAGGAGAUCUGAGAACGGCAGACAAAUACCUGGCC